CGGUAAUAGCCUUUGGACCCCUCUCGCAACAUCUUGACGCCCAAAGGCGCCAUUUCUAUUCGUUUGUCCUGGAUUUUUCCUGCGUACUGAAAAAUUAUAUCAUGUGACGAAUGUGCAUUUAGCCUACCUAUCUAUACCCGAGUCGAUUUUGAUAAAGAAUUAUUAUCCGUUUACCAACGUGUAUUGAACUUGCCCAAGAGCACACCCCACCCACUCAUUGCUAUCUACCCGGUCGGAUCUGGCGGUGGACGGCGUCGAAUCCAAUUCUAUGAGCAUGACCAGGAAUACCUCAGUCCUCAAAAAUACAGAUGAUCGCGAGAAUGAACCUCAUACUGUAAUACCGCAGGACUCCGAUACCGACUCCCAAGGAUUUGACCUUUCAGAUCACGGAAAUAGCUAUGACAGUGAUGACUCCUUCACACUCAAUGCUGCGGAGUCGUCUCCGCGACGAAGGCUGCUCCGUCUCUCUCCAGCAAUCGACCCGAACAGCCCGCGCCGUUCUUCUUUUACAGAACAAGAUGAGGCACAGACAGCGGCAGCAGCAACAGAUCGAUCGCAGACGGAGAAGCCGGUAACAUGGUCAUCACUCCCGAAGAAGGGCCAGCUUGCCAUCCUCACAUUUGCGCGUCUGUCGGAGCCAUUGACUCAAACGUCCCUGCAGGCGUAUAUGUUCUACCAGCUGCGGUCCUUUGAUCCAUCUCUGCCGGAUUCGACUAUUUCCUCUCAAGCUGGUAUUCUGCAGGGAUGCUUCACAGCUGCGCAAUUCUUGACAGCGGUCUUCUGGGGACGUCUAGCGGAUUCGGACUGGAUGGGGAGAAAGAGAGUUCUCAUGAUAGGCCUAUUUGGGACGUGUGUUUCGUGUCUGGGAUUUGGCUUCUCGAGGUCGUUCAUUGCAGCAGCUGUCUUCCGUACGAUCGGUGGCGCCCUCAACAGUAAUGUUGGAGUGAUGAGGACAAUGAUAGCGGAAAUCAUUCAAGAAAAAAAGUACCAGUCACGAGCAUUCUUGAUCUUGCCCAUGUGCUUUAAUGUCGGCGUAAUCAUUGGGCCCAUCCUCGGUGGUAUCCUGGCAGAUCCAGUGAAAAGAUAUGGUUCACUACUCGGCCCCGGAUCGCUGCUUGGGGGGAAGGAUGGUGUCUGGUGGAUGCAGCAUUGGCCGUAUGCUCUGCCAAAUGUCGUCAGCGCGAUAUUCAUAUUCGCAUCGUUCCUAGCCAUUCUGCUUGGGCUCGACGAGACACAUGAAGUUGCAAGGUAUAAGACCGACCCCGGACGUAAAUUGGGUAAAAUCAUAGCGAGACGUGUCUUUCGCAGGCAUCCUCGCCACUACGAACCUCUUGCAACUGAAGCUGAUGCUACGACGUCCAUCGACUUGGAAGGUAGUACGGGCUAUAGAUCUGUGCCACCCAGUCCUGCCCAACCAAGGCACACUCAACCUAAGAAACGCAAUUUACGUGAGCUACGGAGGAAGAACGUCCUUCUAACCCUCCUAACGCAUUUCCUGCUGGCGUUUCACACCAGUGCAUUCAAUAAUAUGAUUUUCGUCUUCUUACCGAUGCCACGCAUGCCCCCAAGCAGCAGACAUGGCUUGCACUUCAGCGGCGGUCUUGGACUGUCUAGUGAGCGUGUUGGUCUUGCCACCGCUGUUAUUGGGCUCAUCGGUCUGCCUUUGCAGAUAUUCGUGUAUCCCAGAGUGCAGUCAUACCUUGGAACGUUGAAGUCGUACCGCACGUUUCUCCCCUUUUCGCCUGUUGCGUACAUGCUCAUGCCAUUCCUCGUGCUCAUACCGACCAAGCCAUGGCUAGUCUGGCCAGCCUUUACAAUCGUUGUCGGCUUGCAGGUGAUCUCGAGAACAUUUGCUCUCCCUGCUAACAUCAUCCUUGUCAAUAACUCUGUCUCGGAACGUGCGGUCCUCGGGACACUGCACGGCAUUGCGCAAAGUAUCUCGAGUGCUGCACGCACUAUGGGCCCGGUCAUUGGAGGUUGGGGACUGGGAAUGGGAUUGAAGCACAAUAUUAUCGGCGCUAUUUGGUGGGCGCUGGCAGCAGAAGCACUGCUGGGUUGGGUAUUCACAUGGACUAUCGAAGAAGGGAAAGGGAUUGAGAGAAAGCCAACAACUGAGGAGCAGAGGUAAUAGAGAAUUCACUUCUGUGCCGUUUAUGCCUUUUUGCCCUGGACAUAUAUGUACAUAUGUAUAUAAAUGGGUCACCUACCUUGGUAUUAGCGAUCGAAACGAAUAGAUGAUGAGUUACGUUUUCA